GCUCAACUGUACUACCUUAUGUCUCGUCCACCGGAUCUGGAGAACAAGAGUUGAGGAAAAUAAGGCAGCAAAACGGUUUGGUUUGUUACUUUGGAACAUAUUUUAUCUUGCAUUAAGGAGUAUAUAUCACCAAUAUUUUUACAAAGAGCGGAAUUUGAAGAAAUAUUACUUUUAGAAUAUAGCAAAUACGAUAGCAGGGGAUGAGCGACAAAAACGUCAACUAGUGGACGCUGUUUACAAGCCUCGAAUAAAGUCACACCGAGAAGAUGCCAGUGAAAAGACUCUCUUACCCCUGAGCAGCAGGAGUGGAGCUAUAGGAUGGAGCAAGAGGGAGUGAAGCUGCCCUGUUUUAAAGAGGAAGUGGAUGAGUCACAGCCCCCCCAUAUAAAAGAGGAGGAGGAGGAUCAUCGCAUCAGUCAGGAGGGAAAUCGUUUUGAACGACCGGAAGAGAUUCCAGUGAUUUGUGUCAUUGUGAAGAGUGAAGAUGAUGAAGACAAAGGUGAAAGUGAGGAGAAGAGAGAGGUGGAGCCUCCAAGCUGUGGCUCAGCUCAACAUAUGAUAACAGAAGCUGACGGAGAACACUGUGGAAGAUCACAAGCAGACCACCUCUUUGCUCCACUAUUACAUAGUGACGACACGUCGUCACACUCAGCUGACACCGAUGAUGAAGACUCCACAGCUGAUAAGACAAGUCACACUGACAACGCACACUUUAAAUGUUCUCAGUGUGGCAAAACAUUUAAUGCCAAGGCAUUUUUGAUGAGACACAUGAGAAGACAUACUGGAGAAAAACCUUUUGCCUGCUCAGUCUGUAAAAAAAGUUUCUCUCGACAAGAUUACAUGAAAAGACAUUUAAAAACUCACACCGAAGAAAAAUCGUACUCCUGCUCAAUUUGCAGCAAAGGUUUUCAUGAAAGUUCAACAUUGGUUAACCACAUAAGAACACACACUGGAGCAGGAGACAAGCCCAGACUCUACGACAUACAAAAAGAUCGCUACUUUGGAUGGCACUGUAUCAAAAACCGACAUCAAUCUCUAAAGGAUAUCACCACAUGGGCCCAGGAACACUUCAAAAAACCACUGUCACUAAAUACCAUUUGUGGCUACUUCUACAAGUGCAAGUUAAAGCUCUACUAUGCAAAGCGAAAGCCAUUUAUCAACAACAUCCAGAAAUGCCGCCAGCUUCUCUGGGCCUGAGAUCAUCUAAGAUGGACUGAUGCAAAGUGGAAAAGUGUUCUGUGGUCUGACGAGUCCACAUUUCAAAUUGUUUUUGGAAAUAUUCGACAUCGUGUCAUCCGGACCAAAGGGGAAGGGAACCAUCCAGACUGUUAUCGACGCAAAGUUCAAAAGCCAGCAUCUGUGAUGGUAUGGGGGUGCAUUAGUGCCCAAGGCAUGGGUAACUUACAAAUCUGUGAAGGCACCAUUAAUGCUGAAAGGUACAUACAACUUUUGGAACAACAUAUGCUGCCAUCUAAGCGCCGUCUUUUUCAUGGGUGCCCCUGCUUAUUUCAGCAAGACAAUGCCAAGCCACAUUCAGCACUUGUUACAACAGCGUGGCUUCGUAAAAAAAGAGUGUGGGUACUUUCCUGGCCCGCCUGCAGUCCAGACCUGUCUCCCAUAGAAAAUGUGUGGCGCAUUAUGAAGCGUAAAAUACGACAGCGGAGACACCGGACUGUUGAACAACUGAAGCUCUACAUAAAACAAGAAUGGGAAAGAAUUCCACUUUCAAAGCUUCAACAAUUAUUUUCCUUAGUUCCCAAAUGUUUAUUGAGUGUUGUUAAAAGAAAAUGUGAUGUAACACAGUGGUGAACAUACCCUUUCCCAACUACUUUGGCACAUGUUGCAGCCAUGAAAUUCUAAGUUGAUAAUUUUUUGCAAAAAAAAAAAAAAAAAAGUUUAUGAGUUUGGACAUCAAAUAUCUUGUCUCUGUACUGCAUUCAAUUGAAUAUGGGUUGAAAAGGAUUUGCAAAUCAUUGUAUUCCGUUUAUAUUUACAUCUAACACAAUUUCCCAACUCAUAUGGAAACAGGGUUUGUAUUUGAAUUCAUAUUCUGGCUACUUUUUGUAAAAAAAAAUAUUUCAUUUGUUUUUUUAAACAAACCAAAAUAUUUUGGGGGUUUAUCUAAAUAUGUUCUCGAUAUGUUAAUCCAAUCUUUUAAAAACUAGCAUCGAAAGUCACUUACUAGUUUAUCGGGAACAGAGCCAAGGCAGCAUUCGUCUUUGAGCUAAUGCUAGCGAGUGAAAGUCGGGCAAUGUUGAUCCUGACUGUCCUUUUAUCCUAAUAAGCUCAGUUUUUCUUUUUUCUUUUCCUCACACAAAACUUUUCAUUUCUUUGGUUGUUUUGAGGUAUCGGCCAUGUAAGCAGUGAUUGCACGUAGGUGUUCGCAUAGACAUCCGUCUUUUCAUCGACAGGGGAAUGGGGGUGUCAUGUAUGCCGUAAGACAAGUCAACACAUUUGUAGUUUUUUUAGUGGCAGGGUUCCUGCCACCCUCCUCAAAGUCAGUAAGUGCCAGUAAAAGUGAUAUAGACCCCCUCGGUCCAUGACAGAGGUGUCAUUCAACUAAUUGUAAGUCAAUGUAUCAUCCCAAAAGUUAUGAAAAUAUUCCAUGAGGUUUGGAGAACUUACUUAGUGCUGCUUUAACUAAAAUAAGAUUAUACAUGUCAAGUUUUUCCUCACGUCAGAGUGUAAAGUAGAGAUUGACUAAUACACACGGGAUUAUCCUUAGUAGAUCAUAUGAAUCAUAAUAAUACAUUAUUAUUAUUAUUAUUAUGCUUUUAUUAUUAGUAGUACAUCUCUUAGGGUUUAAGUCUCCCCCUGUCAUUAAAAAGUAAUGGCACUUUUGUUUCUAACUUUUAUCAUCACUCUUGGGAUUUGGAUAACAUCGGGCUGUCUGCCCCGCAGGAUGAGUUUUGAGGACCUGUUAGAGACAAUUUAGAGUGAAAAGCACAUUUUAUUUUCACUCGCAUACAAAACAUUCUAACUUGGAUUGUUUCCCUGGCUUCAAGACUGUUCCGAAGGACAGUGCGGCGAAGACACAACAAACUCCCUUCUUGUCUCUCAUGGACACACACCUGUUGUUGUUGACUUUGUAAUAGCAACUGCACGGCACCAAGGUCGCGGAAUAGAGACACGAGGCAGGCUGACACACACAUGCAUCCACAAAAAUAUACACCACACACACGUACCCCACCCCCCAUCCAACACCCUUGACGCGAAUUCCUUAGUGGUGAUGGACGGCUGGGCAGCGCCUGAAGAGCUGCAGCUUCCACCGUGGCCCCCACUCCCUCCUCUCUGUUGCAAGCCUCAAGAUGGACGUAGUAUGUAUAUGUGCUCUGCUAUGGAGGUGUUUUCCCACUCCAGACUGGGCCCCCUUAGGAGCCCAGUCUAGAUUGUAUUUUUUUACUCAUCCUCCCCUAUCGUUUACCUUUUUCCUAUCUUUUACGGGGUGCCUUGUGGCGACCCAUUAGCGUUCCUGUUCUGUAACCCUGUACACUGUUUGUUUGUCUAAUCUUGAACGGGUUUGUGCUGAAAACAAAAGUUUCGUUGUACUUGUGCAAUGACAAUAAAGACCUACCUAUGUACCUUGUUAAGGGCCUUUAAACGCACCACAGUUAUGUGUAAUGAGAUCCAAAAGUUUAAC